AUGCAGGGAGCUUUGUGCAUCAAACCAACCAUUCUUCAUCCACUUCCUUCACCAAUUUCUUCUCCAAAGUUCACUCUUCUUCUUCCUCAUACCAUAACUCCCAACAAAGCUUCAAGACUCUCAUCUUUCAGACCAAACUCAUCAUCUCCUUCAACCUCUGAUCCUCUCACUGUCGACUACAGCUCUCUCCUUUCUGUUUUCCCAGCUGAAGCAUGUGAAACAAUCAGUGGAUACGCUUGUUCUGCUGACAUUUACCCUGAAGUCAAGCUCGACAAAAAGCCCGUCUCACGUCCCCCCGUGGCUUCAGAGCCGGUAGACCGAGAAUACAUCGAGUAUAGCAACCCCAAAACAGUUUUCCGCGAAGAGGCUUGCGAUGAUCUUGGAGGAGAAUUCUGCGAACCUGACUAUCAAAAAGAUGAAUAA